UCCGCAGCCAUGAAGGUGACGCUGUGCCUCGGGCUCGUCCUCGCCCUCGCCGUGGCUGCCUGCCUGAGCCGGCCAGCAGCAGAGGCAGCUGCCAGGGGGGACCCCCACCAGCACCCCCCCAGCCUGGCCCGGCGGGACUGGCCCGAGUACCUGUCCCAGGAGCAGCAGCACCUCUUGUCCCAGUUCCUGCCCCACGUCCUCACAGAGCUGAACAAGCACAAGGCCUUUGUGCACGAGGAUGAGGGGAUGGAGGCUUUGCACGACCGCUACUACCCCGACUGGAUGGACUUCGGCCGCCGCAGUGCUGAGGACGAGGCUGGUGCUGCGUAGCUGCUGGGCUGG